GUCUAUUCCCCUUAUCUUUUGGGGUUGUCCAGCGCUUCAACUCUCCAUGCUUGUUGGGAGCGUGACGAGAAGUUUUUCCAGGAAAGAUAUUGCGACAGUCGGGAUUGUUUUAAGUUACAAACAACUGCAAACAAUUAUUGCUGGGAGAUUUCACUUUCCACGUGAGUUUCUGAAGACUAGUCUGUGGGUGUUACCACAUGGCAUUCGCAAAUGGAGUUAUGAAGAAAUACAUUUUUAAAAUCAGUUUAUAAAUUAUUAUUUAGACGGGACGAUAAUGUAGUUGAUGCACAAUGACGACGCAAACGCUUCACAGAUCUGAACCACAGUUCAGGGAUUAAACUUUGUUUAUAAAUGAAGAGGAUUUGUUCAUGUGGUUUGAAUGACUUCAACAUGUUCACAUGCAGCCAACGGUGAGGGGGGCUUUCAUCCGCAUGACUUGAGCAUUUCAUUUUACAGGGGUUAAAUGGUUUUGAUAACAGACAGCAGGGAUGGUGGCGGCUCAUCUCCAAGAAAAGUUAAACCGAGCAAAUACACUGCAAGUAUCGGGAACUCCGCUCAAAUCUAUCCGACUAUCGUGGAGGAGCCACCUGAUCGAGGCAAUGAUGAUGAUGAGUAUCUCGGAUCGUACGAGUCGGAUGUAUACGACGAGGAUGAAUUCGAAGAGUUGGAGGAUUUCUCGGAGCUGCCGGACACCAGGAGCAUCGCCUCAGAUGAUUCGUUUUAUCCACCGGACUUUGCCGAUUCUAAACGAACGCCGUCACCGGAGAGUCCGCCGACGCUGCCGCUUUUCCAGGCGUGCUUCAACAACAAUGCGCUUACAGUCAAAUUUAAGAUUAGACAAGGAGUUACAGAAGAGGAGGUUCAGGAGACGGACAAAAACAAGAGAACUGGACUAAUAGUGGCAUGUUACCAAGGCUAUGUGGACGUGGUGAUCGCUCUUUCACAGUGUCCUUACCUGGAUGUGAACUGGCAGGACAACGAAGGCAAUACAGCCCUCAUCAUCGCUGCUCAGGCAGGUUACAUCACAAUCUGUAACUACCUACUCAACUACUUCCCCGGGCUUGAUAUUGAGAAAAGGAACUGCCACGGGUUCACCGCUCUGAUGAAAGCUGCUAUGCAGGGUCGAGUGGAAUGUGUCAGAGCCCUGAUGUUGGCAGCUGCACAUUUGUUUUCUUCAUUAGGAGCUGAUGUGGAGGCCAGAGACAGCGGAAGGAAGUUCACCGCACGCGAAUGGGCCAUCUUCACAAGCCGAUAUGAGACGGCCUUUGUUAUAGGCCGGCUGAUGCAACAACCGUGUCCCGAGCAGUUCUCUGACGCUUAUCGACCCGAGUGGCCGCUUCUUCCUGCGCUGGUGGCCAAAGCUCAGGCCCCCAAAGGCUGCAUUCAGAAGAUAUCAGAGACACUUCGUAACUUCUUCGACAUCAGUAACGUCACCGAAGCUUCAGAAGACGGGGUUCUGGAUCACAUGGUGCGCAUGACGACAUCGCUGGGCAGUCCGUUCAUCGCCAUCGCAUCUCGAACCGUGUGUCCCAGCAGCCCGCCUUGUGUGGGUAAACGCCGCUACGCUGUUCAGGAGAUCCUAAAAAAGCAACGAGCCGAGCAGCUUAAAGUACUGGGGCCAGAGCGCCUGGAGAACUACAAGCGUCUUUUCCAGAACUCACGGGUCAUGCUGGUACCCAAAUCCAAAGAUCGCCGUGCUAGUUUGCAGCCCCAGGCCCUUACGGACACCUCCGCAUCUUCCGAUGCCCUCCGAAGAGGGAGUCUGCUCCCCCUACACCUCCUCAGAAGGAGCAGCGUGAGACCAGGUGUGAUGGUCCCCAAGGUUAGAAUUACCAAGGCACCCACGCCAACCUACGUGCCGGAGAAAGUGCGACGGAAGAGCAGCUGUAUAAACGGACAGUUCCUUGAGAUCCCUAAGUGGAGAUAUAAGGAAUUGAAAGAAGAGAGGAAGAAAGCAGAGGAAGCGGAGAGGAAACGACUGGAAGCUGCAACAAGGCGACAUCUCUCUACUGGCAAAAGGAAAUCACUGUGACUCUGUGCAGACACUGCUUAUCAUACUUGAAAUGCAAUUUUGAUUAUGUAUACUAAUAUAUUUUUAUAUUUAUUGUUUUUUUUUUAAAAGAUUGUCUUUUUGUAAUGCUGAAUGUUGUGUGCUCAAAAGAUUAUGUUUUUUAAAAUUAAGCGAACUAUGUGGACAGCUUUAAAAGCUGAUGCUAAAGGUUGUUUACAGCGAUGCCAUAAAAUAACCAUUUAGUU